CACAAGGCUGGCUACCGGAGAAUCCGGUCAUUUCGAUCCCGGCGAUUCCCGCUAUGUAUAUAACUUUCAUCCCCUUUCUUUCUUUCUUCUUCUUCUUUUUCUCUCUCUCUCUCCGAUUUCAAUUCUCCGAAUUCACAGCGAAGCGAAAGGUUUUUAGCUUCCAUUACUUGUCUGGUUUAAAGCCUCUUUUCCGGUUUUCAAGGGACUUCUGGAUAUUGUUGAAAUAGUGACCGGGAUAGCAGAUCGCAGGCACAUUGCAAUCUGGGGGUUAAAAAUUUGUAGGAUGUGUGAUUUUUGAUUGAUAACUUUAAAGAACGAAGGGUGGGUCUUUUCUCUAUAUUUUUAGUUGAGUACUGAACUUCGCUGUUGUUUGAUCAUGUGUUUUUGAGGUUCACGGAUGUCUAUGAGUAAGUUUUGGGGUUUCUUCUCUAUGGAUUUAGUUUAAAUAUCAUAUUUUGUGGGGUCAGAAAUAUUUUUUAGUAGUGAUUGGUGAAGAGACUGGCUUUAGAGAGCUACUUGGACGCUGGCCACCAAGGAUUGGUGCCCCCAAUGGCAGCUUCUCGGGUGGCUGGAGGAUUAGCGCAAUCUUCCUCAAGUUCUGGGAUUUUUUUCCAAGGAGAUGGGCAGUCCAAGGCUACCGUUAAAUCUCACUUGGGCUCAUCUUAUGGAAACUCAUCAAAUUCAAUUCCAGGAACUGGCCAAUCAAAUUUGGGUCCAGUUUCUGGGGACACAAAUGGUGUCUUUAAUAGUGUGGCAAACUCGGGACCAAGUGUUGGGGCAAGUUCUUUGGUUACAGAUGCAAACUCUGCUCUUUCAGGUGGGCCUCACUUGCAGAGAAGUCCAAGUAUGAAUGCAGAAUCAUACAUGCGAUUACCUACAUCGCCUAUGUCUUUUACAUCAAAUAACAUGAGUAUCUCAGGUGCAUCGCUCAUUGAUGCAUCUUCUGUACUGCAGCACAAUUCUCAGCAGGAUCAUAAUGCUUCCCAGAUGCACACCCAGGCACAGGCCCGGCAAGUUUCUUCAGGUGAUGCAUCACUGUCGAAUUCACAAACCGUUCAAGCUUCACUACCCAUGGGUGCACGAGUCUCUGGAUCUCUCAUGACAGAUCCCAAUAGUUAUUCUCAGUCACAGAAGAAACCACGUUUGGAUAUUAAGCAGGAUGAUUUUCUGCAACAGCAGGUUUUACAACAGCUACUGCAGAGACAAGAUUCCAUGCAAUUGCAAGGUCGUAAUACGCCUCAGUUACAAGCAGCAUUGUUUCAGCAGCAACAGAGACUACGGCAGCAACAACAAAUUUUUCAGUCUUUACCUCCUUUGCAGAGAGCUCAUAUGCAGCAGCAGCAGCAGAUACAGUUGAGGCAGCAGCUUCAGCAACAGGCAGUACAGCCUGUAAAUGCUAUGAAGCGGCCUCAUGAUGGUGGUGUAUGUGCUCGGCGGCUAAUGCAGUACCUAUACCAUCAGCGUCAAAGGCCUGCAGAUAAUAGUAUUGCCUAUUGGAGGAAGUUCGUGACUGAAUAUUAUUCUCCUCGUGCAAAGAAAAGAUGGUGUUUGUCAUUAUAUAAUAAUGUUGGACAUCAUGCACUUGGUGUUUUCCCUCAAGCAGCUAUGGAUGCAUGGCAGUGUGACAUUUGUGGAUCAAAAUCUGGACGGGGAUUUGAGGCUUCCUUUGAAGUCCUUCCUAGACUCAAUGAGAUCAAAUUUGGCAGUGGAGUCAUUGAUGAGCUAUUGUUCUUAGAUAUGCCACGGGAAUUCAGAUAUUCAUCUGGAAUUAUGAUGUUAGAAUAUGGAAAAGCGGUUCAAGAGAGUGUGUAUGAGCAACUUCGUGUGGUUCGUGAGGGACAGCUUCGUAUCAUAUUUACUCAUGAACUGAAGAUAUUGGCAUGGGAAUUUUGUGCAAGACGACAUGAAGAACUUCUUCCUCGUAGACUGGUUGCACCUCAGGUAAAUCAAUUGGUCCAGGUGGCACAGAAAUGCCAGAGCACUAUUGCUGAAGGAGGAUCUGAUGGGGCUUCUCAGCAGGACUUACAAGCAAAUAGUAAUAUGGUUUUGACAGCUGGGCAGCAGCUUGCUAAGAGUCUGGAGUUGCAGUCGCUGAAUGAUUUGGGGUUCUCUAAAAGAUACGUUAGAUGCUUGCAGAUAUCAGAGGUUGUCAAUAGCAUGAAAGAUUUGAUCGAUUUCUGUAGGGAGCAGAAAACCGGGCCAGUUGAGGGUUUGAAAAGUUAUCCUCAACACGCCACAGCGAAGCUGCAGAUGCAAAAAAUGCAAGAGAUUGAACAGGUUGCUAAUGCUCAGGGUAUGCCAACGGACCGUAACACCCUUAGUAGAAUGGUCUCUCUGCAUCCUGGGCUGAACAACCAAAUGAGUAGCCAAAAUCAACUAGUCGGCAGAGGAACUUUGAGCGGUUCGGCACAAGCUGCGUUGGCGUUGUCUAACUACCAGAAUCUCCUAAUGAGACAGAACUCAAUGAAUUCAACAAGUUCACAUGCACUCCAGCAGGAGACAUCAUCGUCAUUCAAUACUUCAAACCAGAGUCCUUCAUCAAGCUUUCAUGGGACAACCGCUAUAACAUCGGCACCAAUGCAGAACUUGCCCAGCAGUGGUCUUUCAAGUCCUAAUUUGCCUCAGCAACAAUCUCAAGUUCAACACCAACUGCAUCAGCGGCCGAACACCAACAACUUACUUGGGCAGAGUACGCAAGGUAACAGUAACAAUAAUCAGGCUAUGCAACAUCAGAUGAUCCAGCAAUUACUCCAGAUAUCUAAUAACAGUGGGGGAGGGCAACAGCAACAGCAACUGCAGCCGCAACAGCAACAGCAACUGCAGCCGCAACAGCAACCGCUUUCUGGAUCAAACACAAAAGUAAGCGUUGGUGGAACUUAUACAGGCUACGGAGCCGGCAGCUCUUCUGUGACGGCUGCAGGCACAGCCAAUGCAUCUUGUAGUAACACACCGGCCCCAAGCCGAAGUAAUAGUUUUAAAAGUGCUUCAACUGGUGAUGUAUCAGCAGCAGCUGGUGCUCGUAGCAGCAGUGGGUUCAACCAAAGAAGUGCAGAUUUGCCACAAAAUCUUCAAUUGGAUGAUGAUAUAAUCCAGGACAUAGCCCAUGAUUUUACGGAUAAUGGGUUCUUUAACAAUGAUCUUGACGAUAAUAUGUGCUUUGCCUGGAAAGGUUAACUAACUUAAAAAACAGGCCUAACAAUUUGGCUCCCACCCCCUUGGGUUAAAGUGGAGAACUUAUAUAUUUUGUACAGAAUAUUUGGGAUAGAUAUUUUCUUUUUUCCUUUUACUUCUUCUUUUUUAUUAAUUUUUUGGGGGUUUCUUCACAAAUGAAUGUUGUAUUUGUCUUGGGAACGUGCUUUUCUAAUUGACUCAUUAGGUAUUUAGGGAUCUUUCUGUAUGGUAUUUUUAUAUUUGUUUUUCAA